GUGUAUUUGUGCAUAUAUUUUCGCGAGAGAGGAUGUUGUUUUCGCGAGUGUGUCGAUAAAGGAAAGGUGAUUGCAGGAUUCGUGUGACGUUCAGAAGAAUGCGACUAGUGCAAUUGCCGGUAAGGAUAGGUUACGUGGUGUUGUUGACGCUGUUGGUACCGUGUCUGUCGGUCACAUUCGAGGAUGGAACUUCCGGAUCCGAGGCAGACGAGAAUCACGUGCCGGAAGAACGGGCGAAUUUCAACAAGACGCGGCAAGGGAAGGGACUUUUCGAUUGGAUAGUGGAUCGAAACGUGGAUCCUUACGUGGCAAAGACGAAUCAAGGAUGUUUAAACGGCGAUCUAGCUGAAUGCUUCAAAUCUCAGGCUUUGGGUUAUUUCUCCGAUUUCUUCGACCAGCCUCGCUACGAUAUGAACGAACACGUGAAGGUUAUCAGGAUGUCGAAUGACAUCGUGCAGGAGGUCGAUCGUCAACCGUAUGAAUACUCCAGCGAAGCCAGGUCUACAGACUCUGAAUGGGACCAACUGAUGAAGUUCGCUCUGAGAAAAAUUGAAAAAUUCGUGAAAACCGUGGCCAUCGAAUUGCACGUACCUUCUGAGGAAACUGGAGAAAACGAAGUGUACGCACCGCGAUUCUUGGAUGAAAUCGCCGACGAAAUUGAUACUCUUGAGAACAAAAAGGAUACCCUUUUCUCUCGUAAUCAAUUCAAGAGACUUCUAAUCCCCAUGCUGCUCGUGUUGAAGCUGUUCAAACUGAAGCUGCUCUUGUUCCUGCCUCUGAUCCUGGGCCUGGCGUCCUUCAAGAAGUUUCUAGGCUUCCUUGCGAUCGUGAUACCCGGUUUAAUCGGCUUCUUCAAACUUUACAAGCCGUUUACACAGACUUAUCAUCCACCUGUGUACAGUCAAAGUGGCAUAGCUUAUCCGUAUCACAAGGAAAACAGUUAUCCUUAUCCCGGGGAACACCACGGUCCUGAAUAUCCAACUGGAUAUUACAGAGACACCUAUGGACAGGAACUUGCUUAUCGAGGCUAUCGAGAUUACCACUCAUAAAGUCAUAAAGAGAAUCGAAUAUUGAAAAUUUUGCUCCAUCUUUGCUCUCUUCGAUGUUGACCUGAUGAUAGUAUUAUGAUAUUUUUGUAUCUAUACAAUGAUAUAUUUUUUUUAUAUUAUUACGUUUGAUGGAAUUGUAUCGAAGAAAUCUUUGUAAAAGAUUUCUUUUCAUGUUUCUUUGAGAAUUUAUCCAAGGGAUACGAUACGCUCUCUUUUUUAGAUUAUAAAUCAUUGCCAUCAUUGAACGCAAUAGUCUUUCGUUCGAAUAUUGUAAGUGAUCAGCUAUGUCC